CGGGGGCGGGGUUCCGGGCGCCACUUGCAACCAUCAGACGCGUUGGUUAUUGCCCCGGGGGAAGGGUGGGGCGCUUCGCUGGAGAUCCAAGCCAGCCCCACCGUCAGCGUGUCGGCCGGCCGCGUUGAGGCUUCUUGUCCUCUCCCGGCCGCCGUCGUCCCUGCUGACAUGUGUCUCCAAAUGGGAUGUCCGGGAGAAGAUCUGGGACUACAUGGAAGCAAAUAACCUGGCUGAUUUCCCAAGACCAGUGCAUCACCGGAUCCCCAAUUUCAAGGGGUCUCACCAGGCUUGCCAUGCUGUCCGAGAGCUUGACGUGUUCAACAGAACAAGUGAGGUUAAAGUGGACCCUGACAAACCACUAGAAGGAGUUCGGCUAGUGACCUUACAGGCAAGGAAAACUUUGUUGGUUCCAACACCGCGACUGAGAACUGGGCUGUUUAAUAAGAUUGUCCCACCACCAGGAGCAACUAAAGAGAUACUGAGAAUAUGUGCAACCUCUCAAGGGGUAAAGGAUUACAGUACACCUGUAGGACUGGAUGCAAAAGUCCAAGUGGACCUGGUUGUUGUAGGAUCGGUGGCUGUUUCUGAAAAAGGUUGGAGAAUUGGGAAAGGGGAAGGUUUUGCAGAUAUGGAAUAUGCAAUGAUGGUGUCAAUGGGAGCCAUCAGAGAGAACACCCCAGUUGUGACUGUCGUGCAUGAUUGCCAGGUGGUUGACAUUGCAGAAGAGCUGCUUGAUGACCAUGAUUUAACUGUGGAUUACAUCCUGACUCCAACAAGAACCAUUAAAACAGGCUGCAAACGACCAAAACCACAAGGAAUAAUAUGGCAUAAGAUCAGCUACGAGAUGCUGGAAAGAAUCCCAAUCCUAAAGAAUCUUCGCUAUAGAGAGAGGCAGGCAGGCAAAGAUGUUAUCCUGAAAGACGAACAUCCAGACUUUCCAAAUGCCAGGAAACCAGAAGACUCCGAUGAAAAUGCCAAGACUGGAAAUACAAAACUCCAAACUGAGUCCACCUCGGCCCAAGUUGGACAUUGUCAUGUUGGAAAUGAUUCUUUAAGUACCAAAUCAGAGACACAUGGUGCACUCACCACUGUCUAUAUAGGUAAUAUACCUCCAGGCACAAGAGUGAGUGAGUUAAAAAGUGCUUUAAGAGAAUUCCAUGCAUCCCCGAUGCGGCUCAGUUGGCAGGGAACACAGUGCAGGGCUUUUCUUGAUUACACGGAUAAAACAACUGCUGAGAGUGUUGUAUCCUCUUUGAAAGGCUUAAGCCUCAGGGGUCAGACAUUGCGAGUUGAGAUGGCCAAGAACCAGAGAAACAAAGGGCAAGUAGAAAUCAAUGGACAGAGAAACAAAUAAGAAUAGAAAAAAUAGCUAUAUCUUCAUUGCUCAGCAAGAAUCCAACCUAGUUUUUCAAGGAUCUCAGCACAGUCUCUAACUUUGUGGGCUAAGCAUUGUCAAACAAUAGAAUUUAAAAGCCAGUUUUUCUAGGACAUUAGGCAUGCAGUUGCACAGCUGAUUUGCUGAUUGUUUCUACAAAUGUUCAUACAAAUCAAGAAGUUGCCUAUGCGGAUGACAAAUUGGCCCUUUCUGCAUACAGUUACUCAGUUUAUGUCUUCAGGGGCCAGUAGUUGAGGUGCACUAGACAGGUGUAUCGUACACACAUACACAUUUAUUUGCACACAUGCCCCGUUUGAAAAACCGCCCUGAGGAAUCUAUGUGCUCACAAUUUUAGCCAGAUGCCUAUAUGCUGUCAUCGGUGCUGGCAGUGAAUUGUACCUGCACAGCUGUGCACACAUAUUUAGAGGUGAGCUUUUGAAAAAUCUAGUCUGUGGGAUGCAGCACUUCCCAGACAAGACCCAAUCCUGUGAGGUGCUGAGGACAGCUGGCUAGGAAAAUCUGCCCCCUCAACCACACACACAAAAAAAAGGCGUUUUGAGGUUUGCAACAAAAUGUUGUGACAAAUAGAAAAAAAAAUUCACAGAAAUGUUUUGUUGAAAAGCAAUUUUUCAAUGCCGUUUGAUGGAUUGUGAUUUGUGGGGGAGCGGAGGUGUUUGUUUUGGUUUGCGUUGUUGGUGGUGUUUUUUUGCCAUCUCUCCCGCUGAGCAUCCUCAGUACCUGUCGACUUCAUCUGAAACUGACAGCAGUGAGCACCCCACAGGGUCCCUCUCUUAACUCUCUCUCAAGUUUGUACAUUUUAUUCUGGUCUGGGAAAUAAGAUGAAUAUCACUUUUCUUUCUGGCUAUUUUGGGUGCCUUUUUCAUGGUUAGAUUGGUAUGUGGUAUGUAAUUGUUUUCAAGACAGUGGGCCUGAUUCUUCUCUCACUGCUGCUGAUGUAACGCAAGCAUAACUCUGACAUGAAUGGAGUUAUAUUAGUGUAAAACAGAUGUAAGGGAGAGACGAUUCAGGGUCUCUACUGCAAAGACUGGUGGAAACUGAUUAGGCAUAAAGUUAUUUGAAAAGUUACUAAGGUAUCAACACAGCGUAUUCAUUCUGUGCCUUCUCAUUACCAUUACAGCUUUGCAGUCUUCCUUUGUAACCAGGAUGCCAGAUAUUGAUAUGGGUUUGAGUACAGAGUGCUACGGGAAAGUUUUCCUGACAGGGAGGUGCUAGCUUGUACACGGAUACACACACAUGCUUUUACGGAAUAAAGCAGAAUUAUGAUUUA